AAGGAAGAAGGAAGCAGGAGGGGCCCGAGGAGGAGGAGGAAGGCCUGGCUGGCGGCGACUCUGGAGACAAAAUGGCGGCCCUGGCGGCGGCGGCGGCGGAGGAAGAGCAGAGGGCCCCCUCAGCGUCCUCGGCCUCAAGGGAGUCCUGAGAAGGACGGGGAGGGCGGCGGCGGCGGCGGGGUGGCCAUGAUGCGGCCCCUCGGCCUCCCUCUCCUCGCCGCCUUCUUCUUAGUCCUCCUGAGGCCCCUGCCUUCCUGGGCCAUGGAAGAAUCUUCUUUGUUCUUGCCCGCACCACAGAAUUUGACCAUUCAGUCAUAUCAUUUUGAGAAUGUGUUGAAAUGGUCUCCAGUUAAGGGAAUCAAUAGAACAGUAUCCUACCGUGUGGAAUAUCGCUUACAGUCUGAUGAACGUUGGGAAGAAGUGAAGUGCACAGAUAUCACAAAGCCUGAAUGUGAUUUUGAUCAUGGCAAAGAUUUUUAUCGCAUUAUUUUACGUGUUAGGGCUGAACAAGGGGGAUUAAAAUCUAGCUGGAGUCAAGCAGAUCCCUUUCAAGCAAAAAGAGACACAAUGUUGGGACCUCCACGAGCAAUAAAUGUGACCACAGAGGCAAACUCACUUAUUUUGAGGUUUUUGCCUCCUUUUGCUUAUAGAGGAAAUUCCUUUGUUUUUUAUUAUAGAAUAUACUCCUGGGAAGAGUCAGUGGGCAGAAAAGAUUCAAUAACAACUAAAAAUACUGAAAAGAAAUUCAAGGAUCUAAAGGAAAGAACAGUAUAUUGCUUUCAAGUACAGGCAAUAUAUAAAGGCAAUGAAGGACAAAAAAGUGACACUUACUGCAAAAAAACGACAACCACUGAAGCAUCACUACUUUUUUGGAUACUGGGAUUUGGCAUUGCAGUUUUUGCCAUUUUUGCAGUAUUUAUGUGUCUAUGGCUUAUUCGGAAGUUUAAAAGUGCAAUUAAAUCUUUUUGGGAGCCACCUCUGAGAAUACCUUCCCACUAUGAAGAGGACUUACAAAAUGCUCAUGUGGUCACAUUUCAAAACUGUGCAGAAGAAUACUGCGAAACGGUGUCAGUUAUCUCUUGUAUGGAUGAAAGCCAAAUUUUGAGAGACAGCUCAGUUAAUGGAAAUCAAGUAGAUAUAUCAGAAUGGAAAGAACAUAGAUGACAAUGUAUAGAGCAUCUUCAUCUCACACUGAUCAGUGAAUCUUAAAUGUCCACUUGCAGAGUUUUACUACAGAGAAGUUGUUUCAAAGGCCUCAACACACCCUUGUGUUGAAUAGUGAAAUGGAAAGCAACACUAAAUUUGUGUUGGAGGACACAAAUGCCAUGGAUCAACAGAGCUCUAUUUAAAUACUUUUCAAAUGAUCAGAGACUAUCAGGUUUAUGGUUUCAUGGUUCACUGCAGUAGACUGAAACCUGAAAUCAGUUUUGGUAUGCAGUUCAGUAUAACCAGGAAGGUACAAGGAAAAGUGUAUGUCAGUGAUCUCAUGUUGCCUCAUUAGAUGGAGUGUGUGGGCAAGGGUGGGGUGGAGUUCAUGUACAACACAGAGGACAAUUGUAUUGCUCUAGUUUUAAUACAAUGGCACUACCAUUGUAUAUAAUGGCAAUUUCAGGCUCAAAUUAAUGUUUUCAUUUUUACUUUCUGAAGCACUGGAGGAGCACUAUCACCAUGUUUCUCUCCUUCAGAUAUCACUUGAAAGUCUUCUUAUCUUUUAUUGUUGUAUACAGUACAACAAUAGAGUAUAGUGAGCAGAGCCUUUCAUUUGUGCCCCCCACAUUAAAGAAUGGCUAUACUUGCUGCCCUCACUUUCCAGUUUCAUUGACAACUUAAUAUGAUUGUUGGAAAAGAAAUUUACAGUGUGGUUUACAUUUACAUUUUAUUUUGGGUUGUUUUUCUACUGGACUGCAUAUGCUGUUUGUUUUUCAACUUUUUAAAAGAGAACCAACAUGGUUAGUGGUUUUAGUAUUGGACUGUGACUCGAGACCAGGUUUUGAAUCCUCGCUCAACCACAGAAACCCACUGGGUGAGCUUGGGCAAAUCACAUGCUCUCAUCCUCAGAGGAAAGCAACUGAACAAAUCUUGCCAAGAAAAGCCCAUGAUAGGUUUACCUUAUAGUUGCCAUCAAUUUGAAACUACUUGAAAACACACAAGAACAUAGUCUUGUAUAUUGACUUGAAUGCUGCUAUUCAGAGGUGAGGGACUUGCGUUAUAAAAGCAUUAUAAAGUACAUAGUAUAUGCUUUUUAAUUUUGUAUUUGAAAUUAAAGUGCACCCAAGGAAACUAAAGUUUAUUUUUUAAUUCACUUUGCUUCUAGUGCUGUGUAAAAAAUUUUUUUACUUGACAGAGACAAAAACAAUGUAAAUAAUCUCCAUGCAUGUGAAGAGAAGGGUAAAUACAUUCUAGUUUUCUUUAAUGGUCAUGUUCAAACAGCACAAUAAGCCAGAAUUCCUUAGAAUACUGGCUUGCUGGGAGCAACACAAUGUGCUAGACAUGCUGAUCAAACAGCCAUCCUGAAAGUGGCAUCAGCUAAACCAACCACAAAUAUGGCUUGUCAUGAUGUCCAAACCCAUGAUUUUGGCUUGUCUAGGAAGCAGAGCGUUGGGUUCAGACAUUACAAUUAGCAAACCAUAGACUGGGUUCAGAUACCACAGUUAACAAAUUGCAGCAGGAAUGCGUGGGCAGCAUAGAUCAGUGCAUUUCCUGAUUGUUGAUAUGCCAGAGUUCUGACUCACCAUGAUCUGAGCCCGCCUAACAUAUCAAAACAUUUCAUCUUCUUUAUUCCUUGACAGAAAAGAACACUGGCUGGAAGAAUAAUGAAAUACUUAGAAUAUUCUGUGGAAGGUUUAAUACUUUUUUUGUGCCAAAAUUUGAAAGUUUUUUUUCCUUUUUGAGAAAAGUGAUACUGCUGAAAUAAAUUCUUUUCUAUUUGAAGUAGUGUAAGCUGUUGCUGUGUAAUCAAAUUACUAUUGCCUGAAUCUAAUUGCUAUUCCCAAAUAGAGUAGACCCAAUGAAGCAACGGAACAUAUUUUAUUUUAUCAAGUUUAGUUAAUUGAGCUCCUCAAUUUGGGACUUAUUUCUGUCUAGCUAGUAGGUUCCUCAUGUGAAGGAGAUGAUGCCUUACAUAGGGGUAGGCAAUCUGUGUUACUACUGAAUUCACUUAAAUGUAAGACAUCACUAACUUAAAUGGAAGAGUCUAUAUCUAGGUAGUCUCUUGAGAGGAGUUUGGCCUAGUAUUUGUCCUUCACUUUAGUAAAGGCAUCUGUGUCUGUCACUGUAGGCUCCUGCAGCACACAUAAAAAGAGCAGUCCCACUUGUUUCAGUAAUUUUUAUUCAAAACUAAAAAUUGGUACAAGUAACAUGAAACAAGGAAUUGAAACAUUGUAAGUCUUGCAUAAGUAAACAAAAAACAUUGUGAACCAGCUGUGGACUAACUGAAGUUUCUUCCAAAGUGCAUACAGGGAUUUUUUUUUCUUGCACUAACCUCCACUUUUUUAUGGUCUCCAUUUUGGCAAACAGAUUUAUUGUAUAUACUCGACUAUUAAGUUGAUCUCAUGUAUAAGUCAAGGGAAAGUUUUGGGGCCAAAAUUAUGGAUUUUGCUAUGACCUGUGGAUAAAUUGAGGGUAAAAUUUAGGGGCACAUAGCAAAGGAUCUAAAGAUUAAGCAAAGCAAUGUCAAAGAACAUACAAAAUUCCAGCAGACAUCUUACUCUUAAGACUGGAUGGAUGAGAGAGAGCAGGUUGGUGCUUCACAUACUAUACUUUUGCUUUUCACCAGGAGAUGGUUCUUUUAUGUAAGAGCUAAUAUACAGUACUUACAUUGACCCAUGGCUAAGUUUUUUGACCUAAAUUUCUAGACUUACACAUAAGUAUAUACAGUGAGCUUUUUUACACAAACUGAGCAUAUGUGGUAAGGCAGGUGCUUUCCCAUUUUUUCUGUUUCGUUGUUCAGAGGCUUAGAAAUUGUAGAGGAAGCUGCUAUUUACCUUGCCUUUUGUGGACAAGUAUACAUGGUUACAGUAGGAUCAGAUACAGUACAAUAUCAUUCUUUCCCACCUCAAGAUUUAUGUCAUUGUUUACUACAGACACACUGGCAAUCUAAAAAUCUAUGCUGUUCUCGCCUCCCUUCACCACCCUCCUCGUUCUGAUGUUGCUAAAAACCUUCCAGCUAGACAGAGGAUAAGGAAGAAAAGGGGGAUUGGGCAGGCAUGAAAAAGGCUUUGUCACCAGCUUUGUUAACAGGUAUGCGUGCCUCUAUUUGGAAAAAUAAAACAUUAUUUGGAUAGCCAAAGCCAUCCAGUGGUCAUAGCAAAUAGCACAGCAAAUAUCCUCGUCCCCAAAUGGGUUUUAUGUUUGAUGGAAAAGUGAAGAAGUGUAAGGAACACCAAUAUGUUGCUACCCUCCAGUCAUGCUCCCAGUGAUUUAUCUCCGUGGGGAGAAGCUGCUUAUUUAUUUAGCCCCUACUGCUGUUCCCAGUGUAGAAAACCACUAUAGAACCAUGACAAGAUCUGAAGAGCUUUCAGCUCAGCUUUAUUAUUCAUCAGAGAUGUGCAAAAGGCACCCAACAAGCAUACCUCUGUUUCCCUCAGGUUUUUCAGAGAGUAAAACUUAUUUUGGAGCUCAUCAAGGGGCAAAAAUGGCCCUUGGGCCCUGUAAUGACUAGGUCUCUAGUCAUUUCAGAACUCUUCAGACAGUAAAGGGUUAAGACAGGAGAGAGGUAUAUGCAAAUAAAGAGUGAUAUCAUUAUUACGGAAGGUAUAUAUAAGGCCUCUGAGUCCGAAUGACAGUUGGGGACAGUUAGGACAGGAAAGAGACCAGUGCUGUUUAGAGAUGGAUAGUGGCAGUAAUUAGUGAGCCUGGAAGUUAAUUAUUUUUAUAAAAGAAACAUAUCAGAAUAGAACGUAUAGGUUAUUUUAUUAAUUUUUCAACAGCUUAUAUGAAAUGAAUUGUAUUUAUUUAUAAAGAUUGUACCUACAAGAUUUGUAAGACCUUGUAUAAGUUGUAUAUUUCUGAUUUUUAUUUUGUGACUUCUAAUAAAGAUUUUUAUUUUGUGACUUCUAAUAAAGAUUUCCCAAAAAGUA